AUGAUAUCGAGUAUUUUAUAUCGGUAUCCUGUAUCAGUGUUUAGUGAAUUUGUUCAUUUCCAGACGAAGUAUGUCACGAAUGAAGGGAGCAUGCAAGAGAUGUUUUCAGUCUACUUCGAAAAUCGAUCACAAGUGUCAUUUAUCGAGCUGUACAUUGAGUUCCAGCAAUCUGAAGCUGAUCGGAAUAUCGAAUGGAGAGAUUACAACAGUGAUAGCGAGGAAGAGUUCGAAAGCAACUAUGAGGUUGUUCAGCCAAACGAAGACGAUGAUGAAGCUGCUGACAUCAUGGAGACAGAUGUGGCGGAAGUGACAAAUGCACUAGCAAAUCAGCAACCAUUCGAAGAACCAUCUUUUAUGCGUGCAGUGGAUCUGGAGGCUAUGUAUGUGCCAGAAUAUCCUGAAAACUUUAAUGCAGAGCCUUUGGUUGUGCCAGAUGGUGAAUUUGUCGUGGAAAUGGAAUUUAGUUCUCGUGAAUCUGUGAUUGCGGCAGUUAAAGAUUAUGCUAUCCGAAGAGGCGUAGAUUACCGGAUGUAUGAAUCAGAACCCCAAACAUUCUAUGCCAAAUGUACACAGUACGGAACAAGUUGUGAUUGGCUGAUUAGGGUUAGCAUGAUCCAGAGAAAGUAUUGUUGGAAAAUUAGAAGAUAUAAUGGUAGUCACACUUGCACUAGAUCAAGUAUUUCUCAAGACCAUUUCAAGCUGGAUUCAAUCACAAUUGCAGAAGCCAUUAAGCCAUUGGUAGAGGCUGACCCAUCCAUAAAGGUAAAAUCUGUCAUCGCUGAAGUUCAAUCAAAGUUUAAUUACACUAUAAGUUAUCGCAAAGCAUGGUUGGCAAAGCAAAAGUCAGUAGAAAAAAUAUUUGGAGGUUGGGAGGCUUCCUAUGAAGCUCUGCCUAUAUGGUUUGAAGCCAUGUGUGCUAAGGAGUCAUCAGCAGCCGUCCACUUUGAGACCAUGCCUUGUUAUCAGGGGGAUGAAUUGGUUCCUAAUAUUCGGGUGCUACAUCGGGUUUUCUGGAGUUAUUACCCUUGCAUUAGAGCAUUCAGGUACUGCAAACCAGUUGUACAGGUAGACGGGACUCAUUUAUAUGGAAAAUAUAAAGGUUGUCUGUUGGUGGCAGUUUCACAAGAUGGAAACAAUAAUAUCGUGCCCAUUGCAUUUGCUAUUGUCGAGAGUGAGACUUCUGAUGCAUGUUAUUUUUUCCUUAGUAAUUUGCGACGACAUGUGGUGACACGGGAUGGUGUGGGCCUUAUCUCUGAUCGACACGAUUCUAUAAGUUCGGCGGUGGAACGCAGUAAUGGAGCUUGGUCGCCUCCGAGAGCUUUUCACAUGUUCUGCAUCAGGCAUAUAGAGUCUAAUUUUUUGAGAAAAUUUAAGGCACCAUAUCUCCAAAAGCUUAUCGUCAACAUAGGAUACUCUAGGACAGUGCACGAAUUCCAGUUGCUUUACGGACGUUUACACGAGCGGGGUGAAGCAUACACAAGGUGGCUGGAUAGAAUUCCUCGUGAACAGUAUGCUUUGGCAUUCGAUGGUGGAUACCGAUGGGGUCACAUGACUACAAAUUUAGUGGAGUGCAUUAAUUCGGUAUUGAAGGGUGCGCGUAAUCUCCCAGUCACUGCACUUGUAAAGGCAACAUUUUACAGAUUGAAUGAGUUAUUCACCAGGAAAAGGGCUGAAGCGGAGGCUCGAAUUAAUGCUGGUUAUGUGUUUUCAGAGACCGUGACCUCUAAAUUGCAUGCAAAUCAACGCGCAGCCGGGAACAUUCAGGUUAAUUGCUUUGAUAGACAGAAUGAAAUAUUUGAGGUGUACGUUCAUGAUGUUUACAAGAUGGACCAGGUCCGAAAGGUUUAUAGAGUUAGGUUUAGACCACUUGGGAAUCCUACCACAUGGUCUAUGUAUAAUGGACCUCGGUUCGUACCAAAUCCCUUUUUGAAGCGAGUGACAAAGGGUCGGCCAAAGAUGACCCGGUUCUUAAAUGAGAUGGACACAAGAAUGUUACGUCAUCCAAGACGCUGUAAGCAAUGUGGGGCUGAGGGCCACAGUCGUAGUAGAUGCUGA